AUGCCUUCCUCGACCCAAGAAAAGCGCCUAGCGGCAGCGGAGAAAAUGCCGAAAUUCCUUCGAUUCGCGUCCGGAGUCGACUACAAGGGUUCUUCGGGCUCCAAGAAGAAGGUCGGUAGCGAUAGCGCCGCCGGACAACUGCCAGGCAUAAUCAAAUACGCCGCCGGGGUCGAGACCGUUCGCGAAGGGCACGGGUCUGGUUCCCACCGGCAUCGCCAGAAGUACCACCGGACCCACAGCUCUUCACACCGGCGCUCAUCCCACCGGCAUUCCCACGGAUCUUCCAACGGGUCUUCUUCUUCCCACACGGUCUCCUGCGAGGUGUGUCGGACCCGGAUGCUCUGCACGUUGUGGGAGCUCGGCCCCUCCGAGUGUCCUCGCCUGGCCCAUUGCUAUGCGUGUCGUGGCAGAGCGGGCAACAACCUACCCCCCCUGGAUGCCCAGUGCCAGCAUUGCCGUAAGUUCUUCCACCUGGCAUGCGCAGAUGGAAUCUUGCAUGCGGCCGAAGGGGAGGGGAAGCCCCCCAGUUGUCCGCACUGUGAUUGGAAGUGGGAGAAGCAGAUCUGCGAAAUCGCCCAUGUCGCAGGCGAUGCUUGCCCGGAAGGUACUAGGUGUGCGAUCUGUAAAGGGAAAGCUGGCCCUAACCUGCCCCCGUUGGAUGCGCAGUGUCAGAGCUGCGAGGCUUUCUUUCAUUACAAGUGCGUAGGGCUAUAUCUCCAGGCGGAGGCGAGGGACGGGUUCAAGCCGGAGUGCCGCCAUUGCGGUUGGCAGUUGAGUAACGUCCCGGAAGAGGGUGCACCAGCACCAGGGUCGUUGCGCAUCGUUUGA